AUGUGCGACGGAGGAUGCGCGUGCAACCUGCCUGCGAAGAUCCUGACGGCAGUCGGCGCUGUGAUCGCUGCCAUCGGCAUCAUUAUCUACAUUGUCGGAGUGACUCAGGUGGCGUCGAUCGCAGACGAUCGCAUGCUGGUGGACGGCCAGAGGAACUUUGAGUUCCAACUGGGCGGAGGUGCGGUGUUUGACAGCGUGCUGUUCUUGCACGACGAAGGUGUGGAUUGUGAUACCCAUUUGGAUUCAUUGAGCAUCGUCCACGUCGACACCAACACGGUUGAGAGCUUGUCGUUCACCUGCUUCUGGACCGCAGAACCAAUCAGCCACAACGGCAAGACGCUCUACGAGAUUGGCACCUUCUUCGCCCCGGAGGGGGGCUACGGCACAUUCGCAGUUACCAGCAGCUACCCAACGUGGGUCGUCGAUGCAUCCGUCACCCAUGCUGAGAUCAAUACCGUCAUCGGCGGAACUCUCAUGGGCCUGGUUGGCUCCGUUGUGGUGCUGGUCGGCAUGAUCUUGUGGUGCGUGGCGUGCUGUUGCUGCUGCAUGGCAGGUCAGCAGGCAGUCGCUGCCCAGGCCCCUCCGACGUACGGACAAGCCCCUCCGACGUACGGACAAGCCCCUCCGACAUACCAGGGAGGUGCGCAGGGGGCGCCGGUGGUCGUGGUUGGGCAGCCCAUGGGAAACCAGCCGUGCGAGGCGUGA